AUGCGUUGCCUAUGCCUUCCGGUUCCAUCCGCCCUCCUGAACCCUCGGCUUCGGAUUGCUUAUUUCAGAGGACAGACGGCGUUGCACAAAGCGGCCGCCCAUCGACACCGAACCGUCUGCAAGCGUCUGGUGGAACUGGGCGCUUGUCCGAUUGAGUUGGACGCCAAUGGCCGGCAGCCGAGAAAACUGGCCUUGGCAGUGAACGAUCGGCAGUUGGCGCAUUUCCUUCAGAGUAAGUCAUUUAAUGCGGUUGAACGACUCGAAAAGUAG